AUGAAUAAUCGUAACCAAAAAAAAGUGAAAAGAAAGACAAUUACAUUAGAAACUAAAUUAAAAACUGAAGGAUCCACAGCUCUUGGUAAAGAAUAUAAAUUAGGUGAAUCCACUAUAAGAGCAAUACAAAAACGUGCAAGUAGAAUAAAUGAAUCUAAAUAGUCUGCAACAAACGAAAGUGGUAAAAGAAUAUCAUAUUCUAGAAAUAUUUUAAUAGAGAAAACGAAAAAGGCCCUCAUAUUUUGGAUUAACGACUCAACUCGAAAACGAAUCCCCAUCGAGGGAGAUUUAAUUAAGGAGAAAGCUAAACAAUAUUUCAAUCAGCUGAAGGAUUUAGAACCGUCUAGUUCCUCAUUCCACUUUCAAAACCUGAAAUUUUCUGCCAGCAAUGGCUGGUUAACUGGGUUUUUACGACGAAAAGCACUUCACAAUGUGAAGGUGCACGGCGAGGCCGCAUCCGCCAAUGAAACAGCUGCUAAGAAUUAUUGCAAAGUCCUAGCCAAAAUUAUUGAUGACGGUGGAUAUUGCCCAGAUCAAGUGUUUAAUGCAGAUGACACUGGGUUAUUUUUGAAAAAGAUGCCCAGCCGAACGUUCAUCGCCAAGUCUAAGAAAGCUGCAAGUGGCUUAAAGGCUGCAAAGGAUCGAAUUGCAUUCGUUCUUUGUAGUAAUGCAUCUGGUGCAAGAAUGUUAAAACCACUUCUUUUAAGUAAAGCUUUGCACCCACGCACGCUAAAAGACAUAAAUUUAGCAGAACUUCCAGUGCAUUUCAUGGCCAAUAAAAAAGCAUGGGUCACAUCAGCUGUUUUUACAACAUGGUUCAACGAUUGCUUCGUACCAGAAGUUGAAAAAUAUGUGAUGGGUCUUCCUCUUAAAGUGUUGUUAAUUGUUGGCAAUGCACCCGGUCAUCCUUGUUUAGAGCAUCCUAAUGUACAAGUAGUGUUUUUACCACACAAUACGACCAGCCUUAUACAACUAUUGGAACAGGGCAUAGCCGCAACUUUUAAGAAACACUAUGUGAAAAUAACUUUCAGAUAUAUUUUGGAAAAACUAGAAAAGGAUGGAAUAAGCCUGACUAAAAUCAUGAAGACGGAUAACAAUGCUCAAAGAAGUUUGAAAUUCCAAAAAGAGAUUCGAUUGUGUAUAUCUAGCUAUCGCGACGUUUACAAACAGCUGACCAAACGACCGUCGUCGCAAAAACUUAUCACCGACUACAUGUUAACAAAAAAUAAAUCAACUGUAGUAGCUUCAAGCGACGAAAGCAAUUACGAACCAGUUCAUCGCAAAAAUAUGCGCGUUUGGAACUACGACGAGUAG